UCUUAACCUCAACGUCUUCAGCAGAAUCUGCAAGCCAAGCCAGGUAAGCACAAGCAAAGCAAUUCCAAAAAUGGCUUCUGCUUCUGUUACGAUGGCUUUGCCAAUGAUCUCUGCAACCCAGAAGCCAUCCUCCGAAGCCUUCUUCAGGCCGUUACCCUUAAGACAACCAAAGAGGACCCUCUUUACAAAAUCCAAGGUUGAAAUUCAUGCAUCUUUGAAGGAGAAGGCACUGACAGCAAUUACAACUGCUUCCUUCACAGCUUCUAUGGUUAUUCCUGAGGUGGCUCAUGCUGCAGGAUCUGAUCUCACCCCAUCUCUCAAGAACUUUCUACUCAGCAUUUUUGCUGGUGGGGUUGUGCUUGGAGCCAUAUUUGGAGCUGUUAUUGGCGUUUCCAACUUUGAUCCGGGCUCCACUCAUUCAAAUUCUUACAUACUUUUUGAGUGUUUGUACGGAAUUCCUCAAAACAUAACGUGCCAUGAAAGAUUGAAUUUGUUUCCGCACGUUACUUUUGAGGUUAAUUCUACACUCAGCACAACAAAGUAUACAUGAAAUUAUCCUCAAGAUUUGGAUUGAAAAAACCUCAGAGACGAUAAGCCACGCCAUGUCCAGGAACGAAUCUAGCAUUUUCUUCCGUGUACACGUGGGUUUCAUUCUGAAGCCUGAAACAACGGUGAUUCUGAAGUCAAGAUUCAAUACAUUUUAGUGAGGACUUUGAUUUUAUACGGUCUUGGUUAUUCAUUCAUGAAACUGUUUAAGUUUAACAAAGGUCUUACAUUGUGUAGAGAUCUUGGCUUUUGAAUGUGAGAAAUUGCAAAGAAAAUUUACUUACGAAGUUGAAAGAGUCUUAUUCAUGGUGGCAGAUGACUGGAACCAAUCGCCAGUUAGGUAGAGCAAUUCCCCAUUUAUUCUUGCGUUAAUUCUUUUGUCCAUUUCCUUAGCACCAAUGAAUAGUGGUUGGUCUGAAGCCUGGAUUUAAAGUAUAUGAAUAUUCAUAACAAGAAGUUAC